CAUGACUUAGACUGAGGAUCACCCAUAGGCUCAGCUGUUCGGGAUCUGAGGUUCCCACAAUAUGCAGCCAGGAUAAAUACGCCUUGCACGGUCGUUACCGCCGAAUCUCUCCAGUUAAUAUACGUUUUCACUUGGAGACUGGCAGAGAGUGGAAACAGCAUGGGUUCAGCGAGCCUGCAAUGGCCAAUGAGGCGACACCUAUCUCUGUUUCGAAGUGCCUAACGCCCAGGAAGCUCUCCAGCCACUUCACGACGUCGACACCGUCAGGCGUAUCAUACCAUGAGAUUCCUCCAAGGGAAGGCGGUGUCUGGAGCGGGUUCGUCUGCUGCAAGGUCCCAGGGUGUUGGCAUCAAGAUAAUAACCAGCCGGUUUCUGCCACGAUCGUCAAUAGACCUUGCUUACUGCUUGGGACGAUAGGUCGACACCUGCCAUCGGAAGGUGCCUUUCGCACAGCUAGAGCCGACGUUCCAGAUUCUCUAGCGGGCAGCUCAUCAACGCGAGACAACGAGUCCAGACUAAAAUUGGGAAAGCCCGGGAGUGAAUGGUCUUGUGAUGCAACGCAUAGGGAUCAGCAAAGGGAAAGUAUUGGUGGCCGAGAUCAGACGGCUGAAUUAGUGCAUCAUGAGGAGGCAAUCCAGAAACAUUUCAAGUCUGAUGUUUGGAUGUUUCCUCGAAGGAAGAACGAAUGACGAUGAAAA